GCUAGUACUCUACAAGCAUUGUUCUUGUGUGCAGCGGGAGCAGAGUUGGUCCGUGAUGCCAGAGCAACUGCAGCAUUUAGGACUUCAGAUUUUCUAAUAUUCUUUUGUCACUUUAAGAGCUAAUGACUUUGUUUUAAUUAACUAAAUCUCACUGCUGUUGGACGAACUGAUAUGAAACCACAAGAUCCCUGGGCGAUAUCAUUCUCCCUCAAGAAAGUAUCGGAAGGAACAGCAGAGUUCUAACACACUACUCCAACAGUGCUGGAGAGAAGCCGUACGAGCAACCGAUCAGCUAGACUCUGAAAAGUAAACGAAAAGUGCCAGGGGGAUAAAUCGGUAUAACCUACAGCUCUCAAACACAAUUCUGGACCUCAAAGCCAGUUCCACUCCAUUUUUAUUAAGUCCUGGGACACCAGGUAAAGGUCUGUUUGUGAGCUGUCGACCACAGGCAUGUGAGCACUGGCGUCAGUCCGUGUGGAGGUGCUAUACAGAUAAAGAUGACUCUGCUGGCGGGCGACGGCUCUGACUACGACUACAGUGCCCUGAGCUGCGCCUCCGAUGGCUCCCUCCUCCUCCUACCUCAACCCCCACCACUGUCAGAGCAGGAGGCCCUCAAGGGGGCUUACUAUAAACGUGCCCAGCUCCUCCCAGAGGACCCGGAGAUCCUCCACAGCGCCUCGCUCUCCGCCGCCCGUAAACUCCAUGCCAUCAUCAACGUGGGUGGGCUACGUUAUCAGCUACCCUGGACCACCUUGGAGGACUUCCCCCUUUCCCGUCUGGGCCAGCUCCGCCUCUGCAGCAGCUUCGACGAGAUCAUGCGCGUCUGCGACGACUACGACGUCGCUCACAACGAGUACUUCUUCGACCGCUCGCCCUGCGCCUUCCGCACCAUCCUGACCUUCCUGCGUGCCGGAAAGCUGCGCUCCCUGAGGGAGAUGUGUGCCCUCUCCUUCAGGGAGGAGUUGCUCUACUGGGGGGUGCCCGAGGAGAACCUGGAAUGGUGCUGCCGUCGCCGCCUCAUCCAGCGGGCGGAGGAGUGUGACGAUCUGGAGCGGGCUGCGGAGGAGGAUGAUGAAGAGGAGCUGAUGAUGGACACGAGCAGCGGGCCCCGCCGGUACAAAGCCCCCCUGGCAACAGAGACCAGGAUGGGACAUUGUAUGAACAAGCUGAGGGACAUGGUGGAGAGGCCCCACUCCGGCCUACCCGGGAAGAUCUUUGCCUGCCUGUCAGUGCUGUUCGUCACCAUCACGGCCGUCAACCUGUCCAUCAGUACCAUGCCAGCCAUGAGAGAGGAGGAGGAACAGGGCAAGUGCUCCCAGAUGUGCUACAACAUCUUCAUCGUGGAGACGGUGUGCGUGGGCUGGUUCUCCCUGGAGUUCACCCUGCGAUUCAUCCAGGACCGAGACAAACUGGCCUUCCUGAGACGCCCCCUGAACCUCAUCGACGUGGUGGCAAUACUGCCUUACUACAUCACCCUGGUGGUGGACAGCUACCAGGGCCAGAAGAAGAUCGGCUCCGGCAGCAGCUACCUGGACAAGGUGGGCCUGGUGCUGCGGAUCCUCCGGGCCCUGAGGAUCCUGUACGUAAUGCGUCUGGCCCGGCACUCCCUGGGUCUGCAGACACUGGGGCUGACGGCGCGGCGGUGCACGCGGGAAUUCGGCUUGCUCCUCCUCUUCCUCUGCGUGGCCAUCGCACUCUUCUCCCCGCUGCUCUACCUCAUCGAGAACGAGAUGGCCGCCGGCCGUGAGUUCAGCAGCAUCCCCGCCACCUACUGGUGGGCCGUCAUAACCAUGACGACCGUGGGCUACGGAGACAUGGUUCCGAGGAGCAUCCCGGGUCAGGUGGUGGCGCUGAGCAGCAUUCUGAGCGGGAUCCUCCUCAUGGCGUUCCCAGUCACCUCCAUCUUCCACACGUUCUCCCGGUCCUAUGUGGAGCUGAAGCAGGAGCAGCAGAGGCAGCUGCAGAGGCGGACUCACUUCCUGUUACGGAGGCGGAUGGGCGGGCUGGGGAGUGACAUGUCUCUGGAGAGCGACUACCCUAGUUGCAGCUCAUCUGAGACCAGGAACCAGGAAGACUGAGGAGGAGUAGGUGGGAGUGGAGGAGAAGGACGGCGAAUUAAUGCGCACCUCAUAGAUGGAACGAUUGAGGAACACACAAAGUUCGGGGUCAGGGCUUUACGUGUCAAUGGGGAACAAAAUUACUGGGGAGGAUGAACGAAAAGAUCAAGGACACAAAGCCGGGUGGCGACCGAGAGCCAAUCUGAGAGAGAACUGAAGGCUUAAGAGGGAAAUAGCAACGCUCUGCUUCAGUUUUUUCUUAUCUUCUAUGGUCAUCUUUAUCUGGUAUAAUGAUUGGUAUUAUUAUGUAUUAUGGCAUGAGUCUAGAAAUGUUCACCAGAAACCAGAUGAUUGGCCACAAAAUGUCAGAAAGAAAGUUAUAAUAUAUAGUAUUAGGUCUUUGACAUUUUGUUCCUUAAUAACAAUACAUAAUAUGUUGUAAAGUAAUGUUAAAAAUCAAAUGGACGACUGCAUUGUCUCUAUGCGUUCUGUGAUCGAAUCUUAUACACAUUUUUAUGUCUCAGUUAUGAUUCGUUUGUCCAGUCCACACCUAGUAAAUUUAUUAGAGAGGCUCAGCACUUUUGGGGAUGUUUAUGCAAUUUCUUUGUAUGAAACACAAGGAACAUCUACAAGAAAUAUCUAUAAGUAUUUAACAUGUGCACCAUCUCUCACCUGUAUUUGGAAAAGCAUAGUAAUUGUUGUGUCUCUUACAUUAAAAGGUUUUUGCUGUUGGUUGCAAGCUAAAUUCUUUAAAAAUGUCCCUGCAGCAGAUCUGCCUCAUGCAACCAGGUUAUUGUAAGGUUUUUAUUUUUCAUUUUUCCCCCUCAAAGAUUUCUGUUUGUUUU